UCUGUUCUCCACACACGAGCGUUUAUAUUUUGUCAUCAAUCUCCACACUCUCUUCCAUCACACACUCUUCACCUCUUCUCCAUCUUCCCUCUGUUUUCUCUGUAACCGUCCACCACCGCAAUGGCCACCGCCACCGAUCGACUCUCCGAUCUCAAAUCCGCCGUCGCCGGCUUGAACCAAAUCAGUGAGAAUGAGAAGAACGGAUUCAUCAACCUCGUUUCUCGCUACCUCAGUGGUGAAGCUCAGCAUGUUGAAUGGAGUAAGAUCCAGACUCCUACUGAUGAAGUUGUUGUGCCUUACGAUACUUUGGCGCCAACUCCAGAUGGUGCUUCAGAGGUAAAGAAUCUUUUGGACAAGCUUGUGGUGUUGAAGCUUAAUGGAGGAUUGGGGACAACCAUGGGUUGCACUGGUCCAAAAUCCGUCAUUGAAGUUCGUGAUGGGUUGACAUUUCUAGAUUUGAUUGUCAUCCAAAUUGAGAAUCUCAAUUCCAAAUACGGAAGCAAUGUUCCUUUGCUUUUGAUGAACUCAUUCAACACUCAUGAUGACACUCAAAAGAUUAUCGAGAAGUACAAAAACUCAAAUAUCGAUAUUCAUACUUUUAACCAGAGCCAGUAUCCGCGGUUGGUCGUUGAUGACUUUUUGCCUUUGCCUUCCAAAGGGCGCACUGACAAGGAUGGGUGGUACCCUCCUGGCCAUGGCGAUGUCUUCCCAUCAUUAUUGAACAGUGGAAAACUUGAUGCACUACUAUCACAGGGUAAAGAGUAUGUUUUUGUUGCCAAUUCGGAUAACUUGGGAGCUAUUGUUGACUUGAAAAUCCUAAAUCAUUUGAUCGAGAACAAGAAUGAAUACUGUAUGGAGGUGACUCCCAAAACAUUGGCUGAUGUAAAGGGUGGCACGUUGAUUUCUUAUGAAGGAAGGGUUCAGCUUCUGGAAAUUGCACAAGUCCCAGAUGAACAUGUUAGUGAAUUCAAGUCAAUAGAGAAGUUCAAAAUUUUCAACACGAAUAAUUUGUGGGUGAACUUAAACGCAAUCAAGAGGCUUGCUGAAGCUGAUGCUCUUAAGAUGGAGAUUAUUCCCAAUCCAAAGGAAGUUGAUGGAGUGAAAGUUCUUCAGCUGGAAACUGCAGCUGGUGCAGCAAUAAGGUUCUUUGACAAGGCUAUUGGGAUUAAUGUUCCACGAUCCCGAUUCCUUCCAGUGAAAGCAACAUCUGAUUUGCUUCUUGUCCAGUCUGAUCUCUACACUCUGGAAGAUGGAUUUGUCAAUCGGAACAAGGCCAGGGCAAACCCUGAAAACCCUUCUAUUGAACUUGGGCCAGAAUUUAAGAAGGUUGGCAACUUCUUGAGCCGUUUCAAAUCAAUUCCUAGUAUUAUUGAGCUUGACAGUGUAAAAGUGGCUGGUGAUGUAUGGUUUGGAGCUGGUGUUAUCCUUAAGGGGAAAGUCAGUAUAGUAGCAAAACCUGGUGUAAAGCUAGAAAUUCCUGACGGAGCUGAAAUUGUGAACAAGGAAAUUAAUGGCCCGGAGGACCUGUAAGGAUCGACGAAGCUAAUGAGUUUAUGUGUGUAUGAGGCCAUGCAUAUACAACAACCUUGAUAGUCUUGUGCAGUUGUGUUACUUUAACUAUGUAUUAUUUUAAGUUUGAUAGGAAAAGAAAAUAAGAUGGCGCUUUUUUGUUGAGAGUAUGUCCACUGUGGAGUUUUUACUUGUUGUCUUGUGAUACUGUGUUCCUCCUCCCCUAUUUUAUUGGUUUUCAUGCCAUUUUGGAUAUAAUAAUGGUUUUUGUUGCAAUGAGUUAUGAGUAUGAGGGCUCAAACAAGUAUUAUAAUCAUUAGCGUUGGUCCUCAA